AUGAAUAUCGUGCGUAACCGUAUCGCGCGACUCGGAUCCACGUCGCUCCAGUCCACGUCAGAUCCCGCUCUCCACGCCCGUCUGCUGACGUCACUCGCCGCCCCACUCACUGCCGCCGCAUCCUCCGCCGUCUCUUCCGCCUCUGCGGUGGAAGCCGCAGGCGGAAGCGCAAGCACAGGCACAGCCGCGGAGGUUCCCCCUAGCGCCACCGCUUCACCUGCCGCAGCAGCCGCGGCGGGCGCAGCGGCGGGCGGAGCGGCGGGGGAGGCGGCGCAGGGGGGAUCCCGCGGAUCGCGGAAUCUGCUCCUCCGUGCAGCGCAAGCCGUAAUAGGCUCCGCUGUUCUGGGCGUUGGCGGAGGGUGCGCGUACGUGACCUAUGCGUAUGAAACCAAGGAUGUGAUUCAGUGGACCAAGGAGAAGAGGGAGGAGAUUCGCGAGAGACCUAAGGAGGGGCUGGAUGGAUUGAUGACCAACGGGCUAAAUGCUGCUGUGGACGUGGCCCAAUGGUAUGUCGACACGCGGGCAGACCUGGAAGAGCGCAUUCAUAAGUUCAACCAGCCGGCAUCAGACCGCCUCCUCCCGGACCUGACACCUCAGGAGGCCCACGUGUACACGCUUGUGCUGGAUUUAGAGGGUACCCUUGUGCACUCCGAGUGGAAGAGGGAUCGUGGCUGGCGCACGUUCAAGCGGCCGGGCGCAGAGGCGUUUCUGGAGAGGAUGGCGCAGUUCUUCGAGGUGGUGGUGUUCUCCGACCAGCUCAACCUGUCAGUCGACCCCAUAUUGGACCGGCUCGAUCAGAAGGGGUGCAUUCGCUACCGCUUGUACCGGGAUGGGACACUUUACACUGACGGGAACUAUGUGCGGGACCUAUCCAAGCUGAACCGCGACCCAAAUAAGGUCAUCUACAUCAGCUCUCUGCCAGAGUCAGUGCUGCAGAAGGAGAAUCUCGUCCCUCUAUCUGCGUGGAAGGACACAGGCGCAGACACGGCACUGCUGGACCUCCUGCCCUUCCUUGAGUGUGUGGCACGGCAACGGCCGGCAGACAUUCGGGUGGUGCUGCAGUCCUAUGAGGGGCAGGACAUUCCCACUGCCUUUAAAGAGCGCUCCAAACUCAUGCAAAAGCAACUUCAAGAGAGGAAGCAGCAUGGGAUUUUCCGGUUUGCAAGGGGUGGUGGUGGAUCCUGA